AUGUCCAACCCCCACUACGACAACGACUACGACAGUGACGUGGCCGUUCACUCUGACUCCGAGCAGUCCAAGGUCCCCACCAGCGUCGGCAUUGAUCCGUCGGUCCUCUCGUUCAUUACCCACUUCUACAAUGCCUACCGCUCGAACAACAACCCGGAGCUGCAGCGCUGUUACACCAUGAAGUUCAGCGCCCUCUCCAAGCGUCACUUUGCCAAGAGCACCUGGCCCGCCGCCGAGGAGAUCGCCAGCCUCGUCAACAACGACGAGUUCUUCCUGAUCCUCUACAAGGAGCUCUACUUCCGCCACAUCUAUGCCAACUCCCAGCCCACCCUGGAGCAGAGCAUCGGCUCCUACGACAACUACGUCAACCUUUUCAACUUCAUCACUCAGGCCGAGACCCCGAUCACCACUGAUAUCCCCAUCCAGUGGCUGUGGGACAUGGUCGAUGAGCUGAUCUACCAGUUCGGCAAGUAUGUCGCCUACCGCCGCAGCCCGACCAAGCCCAUCCCCGCGGCCGACGUCGAGCGCAUCCACGCCAACCCCCACGUUUGGGACGUCAAGAUCAUCAUCUCCCUCUUCCAGUACCUGGUUCAGCAGUCGAACAUCAACGAGAUCCUGAUCGCCGCCAGCAACGACCAGGACGAGUCCGAGGUCGCCGGCGAGUUCGGCUCCAUCCUCCUCUACCGCAACCUCGGCUACUUCUCGCUCAUCGGCCUGCUCCGCAUCAACUGCCUGCUUGGUGACUUCCACUACGCCCUGGAGAUGGUCAAGAACAUCCAGUUCAGCAAGACUGCCUUCUACAACCGGAUCAUCCCCUGCCGCGUGUCGCUCUUCUACCAUGUGGGCUUCUGCCAGGUCAUGCUGCGCCGCUACAGCGAGGCCGCUUCCACCUUCACCGACAUCCUCUUUUUCAUCACCAAGGCCGACCUCCAGCACAUGCCCCACUACCUGCAGGAUGCCAUCCACAAGAACUCCGCCCAGAUGGUCACCCUGCUUGCCAUCUGCGUGACCCUCUGCCCGCCGCGCUAUGCCCUGGACGAGGCCAUCGCCAAGGACCUCUCCUCAUUUUCCCCUCCCUCCCUCCCUCCCUCUCUCCUGGGCCCGCCCUUCCUCUCGAAGGUCUUCGAGGAGUGGUUCAAGAACGCCAGCCCCCGCUUCAUCACCUACAUCCUGCCCACCCCGGAGCAGGCCAUGGCCGCCAUGGCCAGCAAGCAGGUCGAGGUGUCCAUCCCCCAGCGCAUGUUCAUGCGCGACAUCCGCCAGCAGCUCCUCGUGCCGAAGGUCCGCAGCUACCUGCGCCUGUACACCUCCCUGACCAUCUCCAAGCUGGCCUCCUUCCUCGAGGCCGACGAGUCGGAGGUCCGCUCCUACCUGCUGAACUACAAGCACAAGACCCGCAGCACCCAGGGCUCCACCGUCUCCUACUCCGAUGUGGACUUCCAUGUCAUCGACGACAUCGUCCACAUCAGCGAGGUCAAGCCGGCGGCCAACCACUCGCAGUACUUCCUGCGCCAGAUCUCCUCCCUGGAUGAGCAGCUCCUCUCGGUCAACAUCAACACCACCACCCUGCGUGCUGGUGCUGGCGCCGCCAACGGCAGCCAGGGCUCCUCCUCCUCUCACGGCAACCGUCACUAA